AGAUAUUUGCAAUGGAAAUGGCUGGAGGCGCAACCCAUCCCCUACAAAACGUUUCGUAUGUACCGCGUACUGGGCAAAGGUGGCUUCGGCGAGGUCUGUGCAUGUCAGGUACGUGCCACUGGUAAAAUGUACGCUUGCAAAAAACUCGAAAAGAAGCGCAUAAAAAAACGUAAAGGCGAAUCGAUGGUGCUGAUAGAGAAACAGAUUUUGCAAAAAAUAAAUUCCCGCUUUGUUGUGAACUUGGCAUAUGCGUAUGAGACCAAAGAUGCGCUCUGCUUAGUGCUAACGAUUAUGAACGGCGGUGACUUAAAAUUCCAUAUCUAUAAUAUGGGCGGUGAUCCGGGUUUCGAAAUGGUGCGAGCACGAUUUUACGCAGCCGAAGUGGUGUGCGGACUCGAACAUCUACACCAACAGGGUAUUGUGUAUAGAGAUUGUAAACCAGAAAAUAUAUUGCUGGACGAUCAUGGCCAUGUGCGAAUAUCAGAUUUAGGUUUAGCCGUUGAAAUACCGGAAGGUGAAAUGGUGCGCGGGCGUGUCGGUACCGUAGGUUACAUGGCACCUGAAGUGAUCGACAAUGAAAAAUACUCAUUCUCGCCGGACUGGUUUAGUUUCGGUUGCUUAUUAUAUGAAAUGAUCGAGGGUCAGGCACCUUUUCGUAUGCGCAAGGAAAAAGUGAAACGCGAAGAAGUUGAUAGGCGUGUGAAGGAGGAUCCUGAAAAGUAUUCAAGCAAAUUUAGCGAUGAGGCAAAGUCAUUAUGCCAGCAAUUGCUUGCAAAAUCCAUAAAAGUGCGACUUGGCUGUCGUAAUGGGCGAUAUGGUGCGCGUGAGGUGAAAUUACAUCCAUUCUUUAAUUGUAUCAACUGGAAACGGUUAGAAGCUGGCAUGGUGAAGCCUCCAUUCGCACCAGAUCCUCACGCCGUCUACGCCAAGGAUGUACUCGACAUUGAACAAUUCUCUACCGUCAAGGGUGUUAAUAUUGACGAUUCCGAUACGAAUUUUUAUAGUAAAUUCAAUACUGGCUCCGUGUCGAUUUCAUGGCAAAACGAAAUGAUGGAAACAGAAUGCUUUCGCGAACUGAACGUAUUCGGCGUCGAUGACAGUCCAACGCCAGAUUUGUUGAUCAAUGCGGCGCCGGUGCCGGAAAAGGCUGGCUGUUUUCCUUUUAGAAGAAAGAAGAAGCAACCGCUGCGCACCCAGCCAAUACCCAUUCCCGAACACUUACUAACCACUAGUCACAGCGUUUCCUCGACUACGGUUGAAAGCUGAUAGAAUAGAGAAAAGUAGAAUAGAUAAUCAAAUGCAUCAACGCGCAUCUAAGAAACUGAAAACAAAUACAUUAAUUAAAAUGGUGCACACAUACAAAAAUACGCAGAAAGUUGCAUAUGGACAACCAUUGUGCGUUUGGAUGUUUUCGACAUUUGGAUGCCAGACUACAAUAUUACAUAUACAUAUAGUAAUUAAUACAUACAAAUACAUAAUAAUAAUUAAGCAUACACAUAAAAACGCACGAGCGUAUGCAGCAAACGACACACAAAUAUUACUAAUAUACAUACGUACAUAUAAAUUAAAUUUAAUUAUGUUUUUAAGAGUAAUUUUUGUAAUAAGACGCAAAGCACAAGAGAAUGAUAAACUAAAAAAAUACAAAAGCGUUACAUUGCCUAUAAGCUACGCUUAUAAGCGCUAGAGAUCUAACAAAUUAAGAAAAAAAAAACACAUUUGAAAGUAUCUAAUUGUAGUUGUAUGUAUUUUGAUUGUAAAUUUUUUUGUAAUGUGCAAAAACGAAUAAUUAAAAAUGUGCAAACAAGUAAACAAUUAACAAUUAUAUAAAAGUGCUAAUCUAGUGCACAUAACCCUGAAUCCCUAACCGCAAAAUGCAAGGUAUCAGUCUAUUUUAUUUCCUCGUCACAGCAGAUGGCAAUGCUGAAUAUGUGCAGUCACGGCGUGUUGCUACUUUCCAAGUAAGUUGCGCAAGUUGGUCACUUUCAUCUACUGUAGUUUGGCAAUAAAACUCGCCGAUGCCUGGAAAUCUUACUUUUAGAAAUUCGGUGUAAUAUUAGCAGAAUUGCGUACAUAAAUAUUACUUUAAUAAUAAAAUUCAAGCUAUAAAAAUAUAAUAGAAUUUAAAACAAAAAACAAAUACACCCAAAAGACUAUGCCAACAACAAAAAGUUAAAUAAAAAGCGGUAUAUGUAAUAAUCAAAGCUAAAGAAAAAGAAACUCAGCUCACAACUAUCGAUUUACAAUAUUAAUGUUUUUUGUAAAUGUUUCCUUUUUUACAGUUCGAAUUAUAUACAGAAUCUUAUAUAAUACAUAAACAAGUACAUGUCAAUGAUAUACAUACAUACAUAUGUAUGUAUAUAAACAAGCAAAAGGAAAUAUGUAUGUAGGUACAUAUAAGACAAUUAAUUAUGUUCCAAGUGUGGUAAAUGUAGGCGCCAAGGAGAAAAAAAUACCAAAAAAUAAUAGACAUAAACUAAGUAAUUCAAAUAUCGUAAGAUACAGUACAUAAAAAAAAAAUACGCAUGCAUAUAUUCUCGCUGAUUGUGGGCCUGUUUCGCCUGUUUCGCCAGUGUCGAUUUUUUUAUUAAUCUCAGCAUAACUAAUAUGUAGCUCUGAGACUUACAAGCCAUAUGGUAGGUAAAAAA